AUGAAUGAGAACUGUGGGAAAAUUCGAGAAGUUCACGCGAAUCCAGUUGAUUUGGCAAUUGAAAAUGUUCAAGAUAGUGAUGCAUGCGGUCUUCGUAUUCGUACUGGUGGCAGUGGUCACAGUAGGUCCAGUUUAUUGUGGGAUGGUUGGAAGAGAUGUAAAACACGGCAACUUUCGCUGUCACCCGAUUCGAGCUUCUACCAGAACGAUUUGUUAGUAAAAUCGGCAACAGUAAAAUUCAAUAAUUUGCCGGAUACUGUUAAGAAAAUGACAAUUUUUGGCAAUGAAUACGACAUUGAUGAUGCUCUGAACACAAAAAUAGUAUUUGAAUCAACCGAUAAAUCUGUUAAUAUGUAUCUGCCAUCUGCUCUACGUGUACUGUAG